GAGAAAGCUACACUUACGUACAUAAACAAACAAUCAGAAGACAUAACUCCCCAAACAAGGCGAGACAGUGAGACCCAGAUGUUGCUAAACGCGCUGCUUGCUAUUUUGGUCUUGCACAGCCACCGUAGUAAGCCAAAACAAAAAUAUGGCUUCAACUGAGUCCCAGCCGAGAUUCGGUCAGUCUGUAAAAGGUUUAUUAUCCGACAAAGUUGGCUCCUGUAGCGGGGAUGUCAUCGCUUUGACCCGCCAAGUGUUGAAAGGAUCCCGCAGUCAGGAGCUUCUUGGUCAGGCAGCAAGAAAUAUGGUGAUUCAGGAAGACGCCAUCCUGCACUCUGAAGAUAGCCUGAGAAAAAUGUCUAUAAUCACCACACAUUUACAAUACCAGCAGGAGGCCAUCCAGAAGAAUGUGGAGCAUUCGAAAAACCUGCAAGACCAGCUGAGACACUUACUGAAGUGAUGGAGAACACGGCCUCCAUGACUGCUGGUUACAAGCGUGUCUCUGCAGAGCCGAAGCGUCUCUGAGGUUUAGAGGUGGAACAUGGAAUUAAUCUGCCAUGUUCAUCUGCUGGCUGAUGAAGAGGGGGGCUGUUAUCUCUCACCCCUGCUUUGGGGGUGAUUCUUCACUCAGUUUUAAAACAUAAGGGUUGCUCUAUAAAGCAGAGACUACGGGAAUUUUUUUCUUCAGUUUGUAAAAAUUAUUUUGUAUUCAAUUAACUUACAAAAAAAUAACUUUUAUUUUGGCUUCUCAUAGAAGCAGUUGAAUUGCAUUUUACUAUGCGAAGGAUGAAAUGUACAGUCGCACUAAACUGAGUAAAAUGUGGAAGUACACAGAGUUAUGGACUGAAAUUUGUAAACUAGAAUUCUGUUGAUUGCAUUUUAAUUUUGAUUUCUCUGUAAAUCAGUAAAAUAUUCCAACCUUCAGAAAUAUUUGACAGAUAAUUAGUUGAAAAAAGUUCUGGCGAGGACGGAGAGUCCGCAGCCUUAGUGGUUCAAGGAUGGAGCAGUUCUUGGCAGCACACAAUGAUAAUACGUAGAAGCACAUGUUUAACCACCUGUGUCUGUGUUCUAACUUUUGUUUGCUGUUUGGCAAGAUCUGAUCCACUCAAUGUCGUUUAGUUUACACUGAAUUAAUGAUUAAAGAGUUUUCACUUUUAAA